AUGCCUCCUCGGAUACCCCUCCCAAUUCGUCGUUCUCCGCUCUCCUCCGCCAGUGCUUCUCUCAUCCGAUCUCCAAAUACCCUACCCCGACCAGCGAUCAGGAGUCUCGCUUCCACUUCUCAUAGCCAUGAUGACCAUCACGACCAUCAUCAUGAAGAACCAUACGAUGAACCUUCGGGAUGGUUCCUAGGUGUUCCACCAGGAGAGGCACGGCAGAAUGAAGGAUGGGAAAAGAUCAUGUGGUACGGGUUCUUCGGGUCUCUUGCAGCGUUUAGUGUAGCGCUGGCAUAUAAGCCUGAUACUUCAAUCCAAACAUGGGCAUUGGAAGAGGCUCGAAGAAGACUAGAGAAGGAAGGAAUCUUGCCACCACCAUCCGGACAAACCGCGAAUUCGAUGUACACAAUUCAAAACGCCAUAUUGAAGUCCCGAGGCGAUAUCCCAUUGGCGUACGACGAGAAGACCUUGUCGAACGAGGAAUUGGAUGUUAAGAUUGUCGAGCAAUUGAAGUUUGCUAUAGUGGCAUUGGAGAAGGAGGAGGAUUCAGGCGAUACUGAUUUGGAAAGAAGGAAGAAAUGGGCAUUAGCGGAGGCGAAGAAGGUCGUCGAAAGAGGUGGCAUAUACGGAACUUUGACAAGGCAAUAG